CUUCUCCCUCCCCCCCCCCCCCUCCCACCACCAUGCUGUGGUCUUUCUGCUGGGGGAGGGCCUGACGACGCAGGACUCUGGAAGGAAACCCUGCUCCGCCAGGGGACUCACACCUGUCCCUGCUGGACCCCAACAGCCUCGCAGAGCUCAGGACCCCAGAUGGCUUGAUGCCUGAGAGCAGUUACUGGCAGCUCUGCCCUCCCUCCUCUAAAUCUGGCCUGCAGGGGGGGUUACUGAGCUCUAGUUUCCCCCCCGGCCCCAAUGCUCACCUGCAGGAGGGCGUCUCCCGCCUGGACCCCCCCCCUCUGGCCCCUCCCCCUCCUCCUCUGGCUCCUCCCCCUCCGCCCCCCCCUCCCCCUAAAAGGCACUGUCGCUCCCUCUCAGUACCUGAGGAUUUAUCUCGCUGUCGAUACACCUGGAGACCGAGCGCCUCGAGGGUCUGGACCCCUGUCAGCAGGACCCCCUGCCAUGGGGGCGGGGUUGGGGGUGGGCCUUAUUCAUCAGGGGGAGGAGCCUCUUCAUCAAUGGGAGGAGCCUGUCGCGCCCCAAGCUCCUCCCUGAAUUCGUCCCUUCACUCCUCGUCUUCGCCCACCUUCUUCAGUCUGGCGUUAUCUCCGGACAGCCCGUUGCCAUGGAGCUUCCCGUGGGACCCCAGUGAAGCGGCGUCAGGGGGCGGAGCCUGUUGCUGCUUCUUCCCGUCAUCCUGUAGCUCCUCCCCCUCCCCUUUGAUCCCGCCCCCUCCCCCUCAGAGGCGUUUCUCCCUCUCCCCGGUGUUGAUCAGAGACUCUUUAGGGGGGGCGUCGUCGUCCACUUCGUCCUUUUUGCCGCCACACCCCCCUCCGAUUAGGCCACGCCCCCCCAGUGUGACAGCGGGAGGGGGCGGGGCUCUAAUGGGCGCCUCCCCCUCCUCGGCAUGCAGCACCCCCUCCUCCCUGAGGCGCUCCCUGCCCCCCCCCUUGCCUCGCUGCCACUCACAGCCCUGCGACCUCCUGCUGCUCAAACCCGGGCUAAAGAGGCGCCGCGACCCCGAGCGCCCCCCCGCACGCCCCCUGCUGGACUUCACCAAGAUGACACAGACGCGCAGCAUGGACCCUCAGGCUCUGGACCGAUGUGGCGGCCGGCUGCUCUGCGGCGUGGACCUCUCCGCCGGCAUGGAGUCGUUCCUCGGAGACUUCAGACGCUCCUGCUCUCCGGCCGAGUGUCUGGGACGCAACAGCAUCGGGCCGCUGAGUGAGAGCGACGAAGAGGAGUGCCGUGAAGACGAGGAGGAAGAGGAGGAAGACGAUGGUGAUGAAGAGGAGGAGGCGGCGGCGGCGGCGCAGCAGAACGUCUUCGAGAGAGACUGUACAGAACUGGACCUGAACUUGAUAGAGGAAAACUGAGGCGUUUGUAAAUGAAGGCUGUCUCUCUCUGUUUUUUUAUUUGUUUUUUUUUUAAGCCCCUCCCCCACCCCCUCCCCUUCUUCAUCGUCUCCUUGCCACCAAUCAGCAAGGCUCUCAGGAACAACGCCUCCUCUCAUUGGAUGAGCCGGGGGAAACAGGACGACAGUGAUGAUGUGAAGCUGCCGCGAGAAGAGAGGUUUCAACAGUAACUCCGGGAGGACCUGCAGACACCUGGAGCGUUAGCGUGUAGCGUUAGCAUGUAGCGUUAGUGUGCAUUGUUAGCAUAAGUGUGCAGUGUUAGCGCACAGUGUUAACCUGCAGCGUUAGUCUGCAGCUUUAGCGUGCAACGUUAGCCUGCAGUGUAAGCAUGUAGCGUUAGAGUGCAUUGUUAGCGUGUAGCGUUAGCCUGCAGCGUUAGCGUGCAUUGUUAGCGUGUAGCGUUAGCGUGUAGCGUUAGUCUACAGUGUUAACCUGCAGCGUUAGCGUGCAUGUUUAGCGUGUAGUGUUAGCGUGUAGCGUUAGCGUGCAUUGUUAGCGUCUAGCGUUAGCAUGCAGGUAGCUUGGUCUGGGCGUCCCGGUGUCUUCCAACUUGCAGCUGCUGAGUCUCAAUCUGAGGAGGCGCCACCUGCCAUCAAACACACACAAACACACACACACACACACACACAAACACACACAAACACACAUACACACACACAUACACUGGGCGUGGCGUCGGCCCUCAGACUGCAGGCAGCCACUGAUGCUGUCGUUCACCUGAGUGUUCACACAUUCCUGUUCAUCCACUCACUGUGUGUGUGCGUGUGUGUGUGCGUGUGUGUGUGUGUGUGUGUGUGUGUGUGUGUGUGUGUGUGUGUGUGCGUGUGCGUGUGGUGGUCAUGUGACUUGUGUCCAGAUUAAAUCCAGAUAUUUAUUUUUAUAUUUAUUAAUUUCUCGUUAUGAUAUCUUUGGUGAUUAUUAAUUGAUUUAUUUCAGAUCACUGCAUCAUAUUUAUUUUCACUGCUAGUACUUGAAGUGAUAACUUACAUCACAACAUUUUUUAUAUCUUAUUUAUAUAAUUUUUAAUAUAUUUAACAGGCCGAUCAUUCAGUUUGAAUUUGCAGAAAACUUCAGAUCUUUUAUAGGUGUUAUUCUCUGGGUUUAAUCUGGACUCUGCUGUGAUUUGACUCCAGAUGUAAUUUCUGAUUUGUUUUUCCCCUGAAAAAGAACAAAAUGCACGUCAAAGGUCUCCGAGCGUCCGCUGCACUGAAGUUAUUUACAUGUUUUUCUACUGAGAAUCACAUUCCUGCUGAUAACCCCCCCGACCUGCAGAGAGAUGAUCGUCACAGCCGGUUCAUUUACCUUUUCAAUAGGUGUGUUAGUGGGGGAUCUACUCCAGUCCAAUCAGUCACCUGUAGACGAUGUAUUGAUUCAUGGUUUUAGGCCUUUUUCGAGCAGAUUUGUGAAAUAAUUUGGGAUUUUCUUCAAAUGAAGCCCUUAUUUGGUUGGUUGGGCUUCUGGUAAAACAAUAUCUUUGAAGAAGAUGUAACGGCCGUUUCAUAGACAUACAAGUUUUGGAUUAUUAAAAAUUACCUGCUGAUUAAUUCAUAAUAAAAACAUCUCCUAAAUGAAAACAUAAUUCCCCCCAUGUUCCUAAAUCUGGAAAGUGUUUUUUCCAGCUGACACUAAACACAACGUGAUGCAUUCAAGGACACUCAACAUCGGAGAGUCGAUGGUCAGCUGCUGGAAAAUAAAAAGGUUAAGAGACUGAAACCCCAGAAGACAAAGUAAACAGAAACAUAAUUUGAAAAACAAAUGGAUCAUGUUUGAAAGACUCAGAUGUCCAAUUGUCCCUGAAUGCACCUAAAGGGUAAAUUAAUUUCGGCUGUGACGGAUCGUCGUCAUUUAUUUAUAAUCGUGGCGACUUUACUGUUACAUUUACAGACGUUUAGUUUGAACGGCAGCGACGUCACUUUGUAAGAUUGUUUUCUGUUUCUUCUUCUCCGUCUAAUGUCAGCGUCACAUCGGUGAGGGGGGGGGAAAUGUACAAAAAAAAAGAAGUAUUUUUGAACUGAAAAACAUCCUCACUGUUAAAGGGAGCAGUUCAACAUUUAGAGAAACUCUUUUUAAGGUGAGGUCAGUUUGCUAAGAGCUAACGUCUUAGCGUCACAUGCUACCUGUUAGCAUCACGUGCUGAAAAUCUGAAAUUAUAACUUAGGCUCAGUUCACACAAAUCUACAAAACAUUUAGGAAUGAAAAAUAAAAACUGCAAUGUUUUCCAGGAAUGUCCCCGUAACACACAUAUACAAACACAGCAUCCCCGUAACACAUAUAUACAAACACAGCAUCCCCGUAACACACAUAUAAACACAAUGUCCCCGUAACACACAUAUACAAACACAGCAUCCCCGUAACACACAUAUACAAACACAGCAUCCAAGUAACACACAUAUAUAAACAAUGUCCCCGUAACACAUAUAUACAAACACAAUGUCCCCGUAACACACAUAUACAAACACAGUGUCCCCGUAACACACAUACAAACAUAAUGUCCCUGUAAAACACAUAUAUACAAACACAAUGUCCACGUAACAAACAUAUACAAACACAAUGUCCCUGUAACACACAUACAAACACAAUGUCCCUGUAACACACAUAUACACACAGCAUCCCCAUAGCAUUAAUUGUUUUUCAGCAACCUUUAGAUAAAACUACGCGCACUUACGUAUUAUUCUUAUCUUUAACGCAGUUUAAAAUACAAUCAACACUAAAAAACAGGUUACAUUAAGAACUAAUUACCCUUUCAAGCUAGCUAACUUGUGAAUCGACCAUGCUAAUCGCUAAUGCUAAUUGCUAGCAUACACAUUGCAUGUAAAAUCAAAUUCACAAAUGUUAAUUAUAGUUAAUACUGUAUUUGUCACAAUAACAGACUAUUCACAGCACUUAAGCCUAAACAUAAUUCUUUAUAGCCGGCAUGCUAGCAAAUAACGCUAGCUUUCAGCAUAUGCACUUCUCAAGCUAAUUGAAAGGCUAAUGGCUAUCGUUAGCAGUAAUUUAAAUCCACAGCUAAACCUCAGUAACAGACCGAGCCCGGACGUUCAUGUGGUGUUUUUACAUGUUUCUUAAACCAGUGUAGCAUGAGAGCAUGGUGGAAUUUAGCUAACUAGCCACCCGCUAAAUGAGGUAAUAAAAGUACUAGCCAAUCAGAGCCCGUUAAACACAGCGUUAGGUUUACAUCUCGAGCUGGCUGUAAAAACUAUCAAUGCCUCCCUGUAACACACACACACACACACACACUCUCGCUCCUGGUUUCAUGGGUCUGUUUGUUUCCAUCGCUCCAUCGCCUUACUGAACAUAUUAUUCUGUAAAUCAAAACGUUAAAAAAGGAACGAGGUGAUCGGAGAGGAGGAGUUUACUGUAGCUGUUUUUAGUCCCUCUGUUCUUUAUGUUCUGCUGUUCUUUCUUAAUAUUUCUAAUCUGAUGUCUGAGCGCGACGACGAGUCGGCGAUGAAACGCAUCGUGAGAAAAUAAAAAAUAGAAGCUUCCGGACGUUAGCGGAGGAUCGGGGUUGUACAAAGUUAGCGGAGAGACUCGGACUUCUCUUGUCUUUUAGAAAUGUUUUUUAUUGUAUGUGAUUAAAAAAAAGAAAAAAAAGAACAAUGACAA